AUGGCAACUCCAUUUAUUUUUGUUAGAUUUCCGGUCAGCUACUUGUUUAUUAAUAAAUUAAUUCUAUUGGAGGACUCCAUUUAUGAACAUGUCCCCACACUCACUGUGACGGAUAAUAAUUACAUUACGAUACCACCGCGGCCUUUGCGCAUACCGUGCGGUUAUAAAUUCGAUGGAGUUUGGAGGGAAAGGGACCCUUUCAGCCGCAAAAAGAGUCGUAAGAAGUUUGAUGCCAACGAAACGAUCAGUAUUAACAGCAAUACCGCACUGAGAAGCGGAGAUGCUGUUGAUAAAGGCAGUAUGGUUAAUACGGAUAUCAGGUUGAGUACAGCCGAUUACGCGGUCGAGUACAGGGCUGACGGACAGCUAUACGUAACAUUGACGUUCCUCUGGAGGGACUGGCGACUUGGGCCUUACUACGCCGUAUUUACUAAAGAUGAGAACGGGAAGAAAAUGGAGCAAAAUCUUGAUAUCAUUCAUUUAGAGAAAUCAACAAUUCGAAUAUCAAGAUUAAAACAGCUGAACCUCACAGCCGGUCAGCGUAUUGAUAUUCAGUACAUAAAGUACAUGUGUGCCACCAAAUGUGAACUGACUAGAAUAUUAGUGAGGACCAAAGAGAACAAACUGUUCAACCUGGAUCCAGGCCGUUACAGAGUCAUCGAGAAGGUCAGACAGAACGGGUGUGAUUCACCACGGGGCUACUAUUUGUGGGAGCUAACAACUGCAGAUGCAGCUGGGAUCAACGGAUUGACGUACCUUCCAAAGCCCGGAGCAGCGAGAGACAAUAAAUUUUGGAUCACCUAUCUAAUGACCGACCACUGCGAAAGUCCUUUUGAUGCUACGGGAUCAAUGAGGGCUAUCGCGUAUGAAUCCGCCGCUAGAGGCGCUAGUGUAGCGUCAAACGUCAUUGAGAUAGAUUUGCAAACUCUGAAGCCUGAAGACGUAGGCGUCUACUACGCAGACUUUCGCACCGACGACAACAACGAAGAGAUGAUUCAGAUCAUCCAACCCCCAUCUAUUCCCGAGGAUUGUCUUGAUGAACAUCUCACUACGUACAUGAUGUCCGGUCAUUUCUUCGUCAAAUUACCACCACGUCGCUACAAAGUUUUGCCUGGAUAUAAAUUUUUCGUACUUACCUACAAUCUGCCGAGUUAUACCAAUAAGAGCAGUUCCGAGGCUAGCAGUGAACCUCUCAAAAGCAAACGUAGUGGCGGCGGCGGAGUGAAGCUAAGCAGUUUAAAGUUGUCUUCGGGCAGGGUCAACCACAACUACAGCGCUGAUGGCCUUUCCGUCACCCUGAAUCUGGAAUUCCGCUAUCGCACAUUUCGUCAGGGACGUGGGGACGUGCUAAUUGUUAAAGAUGGAAUAUAUCUGGCGUAUCCCUACGUGAAUUUCACUUCUCAUGGCGGAGUUUGUGGCUGUGGCGUGUGGCUCCGUGUGCGGCGACACUUAUGGUUACAGAAGUUAUCUGAGAUGGGAGCUCCAAUUCGAGAGGUAAACCUAUUAUGCUCUGAUUCUAUUGACAUUUUUGAUAUUCCGAUUGCAGAAAGAGCGACUGUCCAAAUACCGGACAUCAAAUAUCUGAACCUUACGGCUGGCCAACGUGCCGAACGCCAGCUUGUGGAAUACCACUGUGAGAAGUGUGAGCUGCUCCGAAUAGUGGUGUAUACAUAUGAUGUCAACUUGUACUACUUGGACACUGGUCGCUACAGAGUCACGGAGAAGAAUGAGUGA